UGAUAGGGCUGAGACACACUGCGGAGAGCAAGUGCGGGUUGAGCGCAGGGCAUCAGCUGCAUUCCCGUUAUAACAGGAGGCGUUUGGAAACCCCAGCUUGUGCGAACAAGUGCCAACACCGAGGGCUCCACAACGAGCAAAAAUGCUGGACACACUGAGCAACCAAUAUGAUUCAUUUUUGUUCUGGAGGCAGCCUAUUCCAGAGUUGGAUCUUGCAGAGCUGGAGAUCCUGGAACUUGGAGGUGGGAUGCCGAUGAAAACAGCUUCUAGCAACAAGAAAAAAGAGGCACAUCAUUUCAGAGACCAAGAGAAUGAGGAUUCCUUGGUGAAGUUUACUACUUUCAACUACUGGCGAGCUCCCAUAGCCAGCCUAAGUUCAUUAGACUUGGACUUGCUUUGAGAGUAACACUCAUAUCUAGAAAGAUCUCAUGAUGUGGCCAUCCUAAAGUAACUAUUUUUAAAUCGGGUUUUGAAUUUUUGAAGGUAAUGUUCUAGAUUAGAAGUGAUCUUGCCUGCUGCACAUCACAUACAAUUUUAAGCUGGAAUACAGCAGAAAAAGACAUUUUACAAUGUACCAUUUAAAUGAACUAGAUUUUAAAAAAUGUAUUUAUCUUAAUUUAUGAACAUUUUCUCUUGUUGUGUAAUGGGUUGUCCUUUUAAAGGUAAAGUUGAAAGUUUUAAAGUGUUGAACUGAUGGUUUUAGUAGUUUAGCCUUGAACAAUGAAGUGGUUAAUGAUGCCUUAAUGGCACAAUUUUAAACAGCAAUGUGUUCAGCUAUUUGGUUCCAUUCUGCUUCUCCCGGGUGAGCUUAAAAUUACAAAAAAAAAACUCCCAAAAAAAAACAUACAACAGAUUUUAACAUCUUUUGAGAAUUUCACAGGCAUUCUCAGACAAAUCAAGAGAUGUAACUCAUCCUCAGUCUGCCCUGGGAUGUUCUUUCUGUUGUCUGCAGAUAAUACAAUUACAGAGAAGGCACUUUAUGAGGUGACAUGAUGUAUCUUUACUAUAAGUGCUGAAUGCCUAACAUUAUACUCUUUAUUGUGUUUUUCUUGUCUGUGGUGCACAACUUUGCUUGACCAGAGCACAUAACUAUUCCUCAGUUUUUCACAGCCCUAUGAGAUGUUAUGUAUAAGUAGUAAAUCUCAGUUCUAUGCCCAGGCAUUUCAGAAUCUUUUUUCACAGAUGUCAUGUUACUGGUAUGCCUAUGAUGGGGAUAAAAACUGAAGCCCCCUAACUAAAAAUAUAAGGCUAGUUCAGCACCAUUGGAACAUCAGCUUUACAAGACUGGCUGCUAAAGUGAAUCAUAACAGACUGUAAAGAUUAAACUUAAAAAUUUUCAUAUGGGUAGUAAAUUGGUUCCAAUAACAUCACGUUAUAUUUAAGCAUACAUGACAGAUCAAAUAAAUGUAAAUUACAUCUGAAGUAGUCUUAGAGCAGAACCAAAUACAGUUAGCAUCCCUUGAAAUAUCCAAAAUGAGGAGGAAUCUUUGCUAAGCUUGUCCUGUUCUGAAGUCUAGGAAAGGUUAAAAGCAAACAUUUCAGUUUAAAACACAGCCCUUCUGUCUGAGCUGCAGGUGGUAUUCUGAGUUAUGAAAUAUUUGUUAUUUAUGAACUGCUAAACCUACUACAAUAUGCUUCAUUAUAAACAAAACAAAAACAAAAACUGGUUGUUCUGUGAAAAUCUAGAAGGUCGGAUAUCCUGGUGAAAAAGUUAGCUUUCCAGACAGGCCUCUCCUUUGAUUCUAGAUGUUUAAUCAUGUUAGGAAAGAUUACCUCAUUGUUUACGAUCCACUUGUGGAGCCAGUUAUAAGCAAACAGUGUGACUGAAAUUAUUUUGUGCUUAUUGCUGUAACACAUAAUAAUUAUGCAAAAUAAACCCAAGGACUACUUUGGGUUUUUGUUUGUACUGUUGUAACGGUCCUCCAGACAGGGUUUAAUCCUUUGCAGAUGUGGUUAAAAUGAGUAAUACAUUUUGUAGCUCAUAGGGUCAGGUUCCAAUAUCCCUCCACUCAAUUCUCUUCAUUUAGUUAAUGAUAUAUUGGCAUCCAUUAUUUUGUUAUGCAUACUAGACAGGGGAGAGUUACAGAACUGUGUCUUUUACAGUUCCAUGCAUUUGUCUCAUAGAGACUAUGGACACUUGAGGGUCAUGCUGAAGCUUCUUCUGAAUGGUAUGACAAUUUUGAUUACUGUUCACAACAUGAUCCAUUUGAAGGGAGGAAAAUGGCUGUACUUUAACAGACAAAAUGCCUUUUUUCAAUUUCUGACUCUAAUUAAUAUAUUAAGAGCAUUUUGCUAGAUGCAACUUGUGGUCUUUUGAAGAGAUAUGUAUAAAAUAUAUCUGAUAUAAAAGCUUUUUGACCCACCUACUGUAGGCACCAGGAUCACUAAGGUCCUGAAGCCUAUCCUAGCAGUAAUAAGCAAAAUAGAAAAAAAAUAUCCUAAAUGGAUGCCAGUUCUCAGGAGGGUCUACACAUGUUGGACAAAAUAGGCAAAUUAUUUGGACAGCAUAAGAAGAAUGGAAUACAUUUGAACACAAGCAGAAAACAUUAAAGUUCCACACAAAAUUCUUUGCAAGUGUUUAACGGAGGUCAAAGUGCUGUACUAAUAUGUUCUCGUGGAACCCACUGAUACUUUUUUGAAGCAGAAAGCUAAAAUGUAGAAAGCCUAAAUUAGAAAUUGAGGCUCCAGGCCAUAUUUAUGUGACUUGCAAAGUUGUAUAGUUAUAGGAUGAUGUAAUAUUUGAAGUGUUGUCCCAUCAUAUAAAGACAGUAUUCAAGACACUUAAUUUUGUUUUUAUGUUCUCAGUAGACUCAAAAAGAAAUGUUUUGUAAUACACAGACUACAAUUCUGGGUAGCUUGUAUAAUUACCACUGGACAUAUUCCUCUGCUAAAGCAAACUGUGAUCAGUAGAAUAGGGAGAAGAUAAAGAAUACAUAUAUUUGAAAGCACUGAUUUGAAUGCUUGUCCACAAAUAUAAUAAUUUUGCGCCCUUUAUAGAUCAGGAGAUGAAUAAAAUAUAAUGCCCUCCAGCCAUCCAUUUGUUGAGCCUGGUUUUGCCAUUUACAUGCUGUGUGGUCCUGGAUUCUGUUCCAGUGCCACUUAGCCCAACAUGGCAAGCAGUGCAUCUCAGGACAUGAGCACUAGUUUGUCCAGUUGUACACUCUCUCAAGGCUAUCUCAGAGCUUACAGUUUACUUAAUAAGCAAAUCUUUGUGAUAUUGCAUCAAUCAUGAAGUACCUCUAGAAAACCUAGAGUCAUUGGUAGAAUGUACAGACUCCACACAAACAGUGACAAAGCCAAAGAACUAUGAGGCAGAAGUGCUAAACACUACUCUUCUCUGCUGUCUAUCAGAAUUAGUAUUUUUUUUCUCCAAUUGUAGCCUCCAUUCUGAUAUACUCUGUCAAAAGAGAAUAUUUGAUUGGUUUUGAAAAAUGUGUGAAAAUUAUGUAUAAAAAUGAUUUUGGGUCAGUAGGAAGAACAAUGGGAGAAAUUCAGUAGGUAAACAAUUCAGCUGUACCUGACCACCUAACCAUAAAUGACCACACUUUGUUGACAGAUGGCAGUCCAUCAAUAAAUCUGUGACAUGCCUUAGGUUGAGUGGACAGCUUAUUGAUUAUGAAAUAAACUUUGCCGUUCUAUGAACACCUGCACAUUGGAUUAAGCAAACACAAAAAUAGCACACUUGUGGAUUUGCUCAUUUUAUUUAUUGCACUUCAGGCUGUGCAUUUGUAAGGGACUCUAAGCUAAGGAUGUAUUUUUUUUAUUUUUUUGCUUUGUCAGAAUAAUUAUGCAUUAUAGUAUUUUCAAAGCACUUCUUUUGGUUUGAGUAAACAGUGUAGUGGGGUGGAAAUGUUCUCCAAUAAAUAAUGCGUGUAGAAUAAAAUAUGACAUAUUGCAUCUGAGAGAUGAUCUCUGCAGAUCACUUUGCUCAUGAGUCAUGAAACACUGUCAUUAUUAUUAUUAUUAUUUUUUACUUUCGGGUAAUAUUUUGAGCCAGCUAACUGAUAACAUAACUUACUGCCAUGGCUUUUUUCCGUCAGACUUUUUUUUUUCUAAUUAUGAGUCAAAAACUGGGUCAUUUUGCCUGUUUCAAAUCUAUCACUGUAUUAGGUCUCAUUACUGACUGUUUGUGCACAGCUCUGACACUGCAGUGCUUUGCUACAAGUUUUCUUCUGGAUUCGUGUUUACUAAAAGUGUACCUCAUGUGCUUUACUAUAUAUAAAAUGUCUCUACUGCUGAUAGCCAUUAACUGUGUAAUUAAUGUGAAUACAGGUUUGUCCCAAAUCAACAUUCUGGAUAACCUGUGAGAGUACUAAACAUGUUAAAUCCAAUUUGUAUUGCAUGGAUCAAAAGCCUUAAAACUGUUAAAUAAAUGAAACAAUGCUUCAAAGCCU